CGGGUCCCACCCCUUUCCCAGUAAACUUCUGUCGCUCCCACUUCGGCUGCAGGAGUUGGAAGGGCCAGGAGUCCCAGCACACCCUGCUUUCCCCAUGGUUUCGGUGACCAGAUCCGUGUUUGGAGAGCUGCCCUCGGGGGCAGGGACAGUGGAGAAGUUCCGGCUGCAGUCAGACCAGCUGAGAGUGGACAUCCUCUCUUGGGGUUGCACCAUCUCGGCCCUGGAGGUCAAAGACAGGCAGGGCAGAGCCUCAGAUGUAGUGCUGGGCUUUGCCGAGUUGGAAGGGUACCUCCAGAAGCAGCCCUACUUUGGAGCCGUGGUUGGCAGGGUGGCCAAUCGAAUUGCCAAGGGAACAUUCACAGUGGACGGGAAGGAGUAUAAGCUGGCCAUCAACAAUGGGCCCAACAGUCUGCAUGGAGGAGUCAGAGGGUUUGAUAAGGUCCUCUGGACCCCUCAGGUGCUGUCAAAUGGCGUCCAGUUCUCCCGGGUCAGUCCGGACGGUGAGGAAGGUUACCCUGGGGAGUUAAAAGUCUGGGUAACAUACACGCUGGAUGGUGGGGAGCUCGUGAUCAACUACCGAGCGCAGGCCAGUCAGACCACACCCGUCAACCUGACCAACCAUUCUUAUUUCAACCUGGCAGGCCAGGGUUCCCCGAAUAUAUACGACCAUGAAGUCACUAUAGAAGCCGAUGCCUUUUUGCCUGUGGACGAAACCCUGAUUCCUACAGGAGAAGUUGCUCCAGUGCAAGGAACCGCAUUUGACCUGAGGAAGCCAGUGGCGCUUGGGAAACACCUGCAGGACUUCCACGUCGGUGGCUUUGACCACAAUUUCUGUCUGAAGGGCUCGAAGGAAAAGCACUUUUGUGCGCGGGUCCAUCAUGCUGGAAGCGGGCGGGUCCUGGAAGUGCACACCACCCAGCCCGGGGUCCAGUUUUACACGGGCAACUUCCUGGAUGGCACCCUGAAGGGCAAGAGUGGAGCAGUCUAUCCCAAGCACUCUGGUUUCUGCCUCGAGACCCAGAACUGGCCCGAUGCAGUCAAUCAGCCCCACUUCCCGCCUGUGCUGCUGCGGCCUGGUGAGGAGUAUGACCACACCACUUGGUUCAGGUUUUCUGUGGCCUAAGGAAAUGUGAAGACAUGACCUGCUCCAGGGCCAGGCUGGGAGCCCUUCAGCAGCCUGUCUCCUAUUCAGAGAUGAGAUGAAGAUCAGAGGCUUUAAAAGUGAUCCCAUGAAUUAAAAUCAUACAAAUGGAAGCUGCCAUGACAACCACUCUGAAUACUGAUCUCCUUUCCAGUGACUGGCUCUAA